AUGGAAUGGCAAAUCGCAAAACGCAAGGCACUAGAAGACUAUCCAGAGGAGAAAUACCUCGAAAGCAUCAAAAACGCCAAAAUAUGGUUGCUUUGGAGUAAAGAUGUUGGUAAUAAACACGACGAAAGAGAGGCGUGUAAAAUUUUAGCCUGGUCAUAUUACUAUCUGGCAAACUACGAAGAAAGCAUUAAAUUUGGGGAAGAAGUGUUUAGAAUAGCAAAAGAAGAGUCAGACAAAGAAGCAGAAUCGAAUAUAUACGUUGUUCUAGCUUCGUCAUAUAAGAAACUUACGCCUGUAAAGAGGUCAAAAGAAGAGAGUCUUCAUGGAUAUGCGCCACAUUCAGGUAUUAAAGAGUGUUUCAGAGUACACCUAGGUUUGCUGUAAAUUGUCUUGCCGUGUGCUCGACCUGUUUCUGCCAAAUUUCAGUCAGCUUGAUCAUUGUAUUGUACAGGUGUGGGUGUAGAAGGCAUCGGCAGUAAGCUAAGUACCACCUGCAUCAAGUGUAAGUGUAAAACUAGACAUUUUUCAUUUAGCUAACUCUUAAAUGUGAGCUCACAGAGCCGCCUCAGUGCUUACCCCCUAUCCCCAAGAACCCAGCCGACACCUCACACGGCCCCACCGUGCACACACACACCAACCUCACUACUUGUUUCGCCCAAUUUUAGGUACGUUUAACCUUUUUUUUAUAAAGGGGUGGGGGAGAAAGGAUCCGGACGAAAGCAAAAACCCCCCUCAAAAAAGGUUAAUUUAAAAACUAACCAUUUUCAUUUUACCUAACUUUUAAAUUGGGCCCCACGGACCCCCCCAGGUGUUAACCCCCCCCCCCCCUCCCCCCCCCUCCCUGUUCAAAUACAGCGUAUGGACAAACAUACAUACAUUUUUCUUGUGACUGUAUGUUCGUGUAUCUACCCAGGUUUGCACCAGAGCAGUAGUAAGGCAAAUUCACAAGGACAAGCAUCAGGCAGGUGCCUUAAUCCGGGUACCUCAAUUAUGGCCCCUGCUUCAGCUCAACUAACAUUAACACCAGCUCAAGAAAAAGAAGAUAAUAAAAGCCAAGAACAAGCAGCGAAAGCCGAAAUUAAAAGCACAGGUAACAAGAUUAUCAAAACUGUUUACCCCCUAAGAAUAUAUUAACCUUUUUUGUUUGUUUUAAGGAAAGUAUUGUUUGCUUGUUUGUCUUUUUAUCCAUUUAAUGUCUUUGUUCCUUUACGAUGCAUGUUAAACGCGAAGUAACUAAAUUAUAACACAAAUAACAACAAGUUGGCGUUAGUGGGGGAGCACUGCCUUACGCUAGGUUAGCCUGUGCGACUUCCGGGGAUGGCGUGACCAAAGAACCUCACUUAUCUCAACAGCACUACCAGCUUCAUUUCUCUUCUCCCCCUCCUCCCUCCCCCAUCUAAAAUCUCCUCUCCCCUAGCCCCUUAGGAAGAUCUGAUACUCAGACUACUGAAUUCAAUACAGCACGUGCUGGAUCGGACAAAAGUAUCGGUUUGCAGGCGAUAUUAAACGGCAAUGCGGCCAACAAGCUUGGGGGAAGUCGCUGCGCAGACUUAACCGCGCCGCGAGCAGUGUCCCUAGUUUAUUUGAUGGCAUAGCACAAAACAAAGCCCAAACCUCAUCUCCAAAGGGAGGGAGGGAAAAAUUUUACAAGAAUAAUAUGUGAGCGCUAACCUUGCUGAACAACAGAACUCAAGUGAACUCUGAACAGUUGUUCUAGGCUUCUAUAGCUAGACGAACGUCUGCUGGCAUAGCCAGUAGAAAAGGCUGCACUACAAGACGGCUCAGCGUUGCACAUGCGAACUCUUAGCCUUGAAAAGUGCUUUGAAAAAAAUGGCCAAUGCUGUAGAUCGUACUCAGCGUACUUGCCUGGUAAAGACAACAAGGCCGUAAACUUCUACGCUAGAAUACAAUGUAUCUUAGAGCUUGCUGACCCUAGCAACCUGACUACACAACUGCUUUUUUGAAAAAGAACGACCAUGAAAGGGUUACUGAUAACUAGCGUCACGUUCCACUAACAUAUUUUACUGGCGUGACAGCAAAAUUGCUUAUUACGUUUUGGCUUAGCUUUGGUUGGUGCAUUCAGCUGAGGAUCCAGGGCGUUCCUUCUCCUGGAUGCAAGAUCGUACAAAUUCCCAUUAGCAUUACGAGUGAAAUGUCACCUGUUAAGAGACCUCCAACAUGAGGUAUAAUCGACGAAUGCGAGCCAAAAGCCCAAGCCUUAUAAAGUUUUUCACACUGUUUCAAGAAGCAGCAGACUACGAGCAGUCUCUCUUUUUUCUUGGUCCGCCGAGCAAAACGCCCGAGACACGCAAAUGAUCACGCGCAUGACUGAAGGCGCGAGACGGGAGAGGCGGGCUGCUGCACUCGUUUCUCGCGUCUAACGCUCGCGCGCGCGUGCACUCCCCUUACUAAAUCUGAAGAAAAAGAGAGACUGCUCGCAGUAUAUAGGAGCAGAACCUGACCCAGGAUUCAGUCAUACAUUAUUUUCCAGAAGUAUUUUAGUACGACUAGUCGAACCGGGGCACCUGGAAGAAGAUUAUCCAAUCAAAACGUUUUUUAAAAACAAAAGAUUGUCAAGGUUUUUUUGCGACCAAUAACAUUAAAAAUUUGAGGGCUGCUUCCUGAGAGGCGAGGUAAGUUCAAACGCGGUUAAAUAUUAAACUUUUCAACGGUCCUAUAGCUGAACCUUGAAUUUUAGUGGUCCUUUCCAAAACAAAUUGAGAAUCUUCUGUUUUAAAAACAAACGUUUGGAUUGAAUAAUCUUUUUCCAAGUGACCCGGUUGCAGUAGUCGCACCGUAAAUUUGUGGUUUGGGUGCUGGCUUGCAACUCGCCUUGAUGAUUGAAUUCAACUUUCCCUUCAGUUGCGCUUUUUCCAACCACCAAAGACUGAAGGCCAACCUGUUUAACCGACGCACGCCACUCUCUUGACAAAUAUCUAGGGCUGAAUCAAAAUCAAAAUUAGCUUUAUAGUUCUCUCUGGACCUGGCUGGAUUUUUCUCCGCUUAGAACGAAUGCAACUGUCAGACGAUUUGGUAGCAAAGUCAGGGGGCGACCUGGCAGCUAUGAAAAGCCCUGACGGGAUUGACUGGGAAAAUAAUCAUUGUGACAACAAAGUUAACAAUGGAACUUAGCCCGAAAACAAAUGAGCUGCGACCAUAAAUGUCCAAUGAAAUCAGAGGUUUUGAAGACCUGCGAGGCUACUGAAUUUAGAUUGUUGUUUUGGACUGAAAGGCCCUUUUACACCCGGCAGUGUUGUUAUAUCUGAUAUAAAGUAUAAAGUUAGGUUCUUGUCCUUUACAGAGUAACGUCCCUCGCGGCAUAUAAAUCACGUACGUUUUUUGACAGGUGAGAGUACAGUAAAGGUAAAAUGGCAGAGACUAGCUUUCGAAAACAAGGCGAAAGACAGUGAUACAGGUCGGGAACAUUCAAAAAACCGAAGACGUGCUCCGUGUAACCAGACAGGUAAUGGGACUACACCUAUAUUAGCGACCUGAAUUUCGGUUAAUGUAUUCAGCAUUUCUGAACUUAAAUUUCUUACUCGUACCGAAAAAAUACACUCGUGCCAUAAUCAAAUAUAUAAAACGUCUAGUAGGAUAGGCACCAUUAUCGCUGGUAGUUAAGUAUCGUUAGAUGAGAAAAAAAGAAAGGAAAAGAACCCUCGUGACUUGGCUUUAUUUGCCACGCUAUACUGCAUUACAGUUUAUGAUAUGUUACUUUGAAUGGAUGAGAUAUUCAUAUUAACGGGUUCUGAUUUUUUAGUCUUAUUUUUAAUUUUAUCCCUUCACAAAAUAUAUGUUGAACUUGACCCUCGAUUCGCGCUUGCCCUUGCUCGCUGAAAAAAAAAGGAAAACAAAAAAACACUGUUUAUCAAAAGUGACUUAAUUUCUUCAAUGUAUAUGGGUAUUCACGACUCACAAUGAAGUAUUGUAGCAGUUCGCGUUUCAGGGAGUCCACUUCAAUCACAAUAGACCACGUAUUUUCAGCUCAUCACGAUUCAUAGACACCAAAAAUGUUGGAUCACGGGGUCACAAAAAUAAUCCCCCCCCCCACCUCCCUGUUCAAAUACAUCGUAUGGGCUAAUAUAUUUAUACAUUUUUCAUGUAUCUGUAUGUUGGUGUAUCUACCCAGGUUUGCACGUCCAUCGCAACAUAUAAAUCACGUACGUUUUUUGACAGGUGAGAGUACAGUAAAGGUAAAAUGGCAGAGACGAGCUUUCGAAAACAAGGCGAAAGACAGUGAUACAGGUCGGGAACAUUUACAAAACCGACGACGUGCUCCAUAUAACCGGACAGGUAAUGGGACUACACCAAGAGAAGAUAAAGGGGACAGAAAAGGCAUGCCCCAAUACACACCCUAUUCCCUAGGUAAUUCGUCUCGAAUUAUUUUUAAGACCACAAAUCCCAAGGGGGAUUAGACGACAGCCAAUCACAUAGUGCGAAAAAGUGUUCCUCGUGGAUGACCCACGCUCAGAGCCACGCGUCCUCCACAAAUGGACGCAGAACAAAAUGGCGGAAGACGCGGAGAGCGAUACUGAAGCGAAGAGGAGGGAUUGUGCAGGGAAGCCUAAACCUCGCCUUCGAGUUCGACCGUCACCAAAUCAAGCAAAGGGCGCCGAAGAAAUAAACGGAACAAGAGUCUUUCGGAAGAAGAGAUAGAGCGAUUCCCUUUUCCCAGGUGAGCGCCGACUCAUUUCGCUUGAAUAUUCAGGAAUGCUCUCGAUCUCUUUACGCUUUCAUUGCCUUUCGCUCGACAUGUUUUACACGGCGUUUAGUUAUGCGAAACCUCCACGAAACAUCCACGCAGCGCGCGAGGUAACUUUAUCCCGAUUCUAAAAAUAACUCGAGACGAAUUACCUAUGGAAUAUUGUGUGUAUGGGGGAUGCCUUCCCUGUAUCCUUUAUCCUCUCUUGGACUACACCUAUAUUAGCGACUUGAUUUUCCGUUAACGUAUUCAGCAUUUUUCGAAUCAAGACAAAUUUCUUACACGUGACAAAGGAAUA